GACAUAAAAACUCUUUAAUACCAAACCUAAAGGAUUAGUUUAAAAAACUUCCUUAUUACGUAACAGUUGUGGCAGAGUAAACAAAACCCUAGUGCCUGACACAGUGUGCCCAGUGUCACAAGAAGUUAUCGCCGACCAUCACUGUUGCAGGAUUCUGAUGCCCAAAUUGCUUUCUUUCUGCAUUUCAUGUUAAUGUGUUAAUGUCAGUGGUUCUGGUCGUUACAGUUUAAGGACUUUCUGAGGAUAUGAUCUAUGGAGCUUGUGUCACAGCUUCCAAGUCACAGAUUUUCAGAACACUAGUGUUGCAUAAGUCAUUGAAUUCUCGUGUAAAAUUCUCCUCCAAGUGCUUUCCAAGCAACAUAAGAAUGGAAAAUAAUCUUAAUAGGAGCACAGAGGGAAACAAAAUGGAGUCUAGGGGUGCCUUGGUUGUCCUAGAAGGUCUGGAUCGUUCUGGGAAAUCUUCUCAGUGUAGCAGACUAGUGUCCUUCUUGGAGGGACAAGGGAUCUCUGCUGAACUAUGGAGAUUUCCCGACAGAACUACAAAUGUUGGGCAAAUGAUAUCUGCUUAUCUUAGUAACACAUCUCAGUUGGAUGAUCACACUAUUCAUCUCCUCUUCAGUGCUAAUCGUUGGGAAAAGAGGUCAUUGAUGGAAACAAAACUGAAAACUGGAAAAACUCUCAUUGUUGACCGAUAUUCUUAUUCUGGGGUGGCUUUCUCAUCUGCCAAGGGACUUGAUAUUGAGUGGUGCAAGGCCCCAGAGAUUGGUUUGCUGGCACCAGAUAUGGUAGUAUACCUUGACAUAUCUCCUGAGAAAGCUGCGGAAAGAGGAGGGUAUGGAGGUGAGAGAUAUGAAAAGCUGGAGUUUCAGAAGAAAGUUGCUGAUUGUUACUCAGUUCUUCAUGAUGUAUCCUGGAAGGUUGUUGAUGGUUGCCAACCCAUGGAAGAUGUGGAGAAACAGUUGCAAGAGAUUGUACUUGAUUGUGUAACAGAAUGCCGGAAGGGGAAGCUUCUUGCCACCUUGUGGUCGAAAUAGACACACCUUGAAAGAGAUGUUAUACAAUAAUAAAUUUUCAAGAUAUAUUAUUUUGAACACCAAAGCCCAGUUUUUUGGAACUCUGAUUGGUUCUUUGUUGUGUGCUAUAAUAACAUUGAUUUGUUUCCCUUGC